UUCCCUCUUUCAUCUCUUUCCAGCCAAACCAUCUUUUCAUCUUUGGAACAAUGGAAAUAGAAGCAGCCACUGCAAACCAAAAGGGUGUUGCAGAGUGUAGAGAAACCAUGGAAGUUUCAGAAAAGAGAGGAAUGUACCUCGUAUGGGAAGAUUUAACUGUUGUGGUUCCAAAUUUCGGAGAUGGACACACUAAGAGAUUGCUUAACGGGCUGAGUGGAUAUGCUGAACCUAACAAAAUCAUGGCUAUAAUGGGUCCUUCUGGCUCUGGAAAAUCUACUCUUCUUGAUGCUCUAGCAGGAAGACUCUCCAGAAACGUUAUCAUGUCUGGAAAUGUGUUUCUAAAUGGAAAGAAGAGGAGAUUGGAAUAUGGUGGUACUGCUUAUGUGACCCAAGAAGAGACAAUGCUGGGAACUCUGACAGUGAGAGAGACAAUAUAUUACUCAGCGAAUCUAAGGCUUCCAGGGAGCAUGAGGAGAGAAGAGGUGAAUGAGAUAAUAGAAGGAACGAUUAUGGAAAUGGGUCUUCAAGAAUGUGCAGAUCGGAUAAUAGGGAAUUGGCACUUGAGAGGUAUAAGUGGUGGAGAAAAGAGAAGACUCAGCAUUGCUCUUGAAAUCCUCACAAGGCCAACUCUCUUGUUCCUUGAUGAACCCACCACUGGUCUCGACAGUGCAUCAGCUUAUUUUGUUGCUCAAACUCUCAGAAAUUUGGCUCAUGAUUCAAAGACUGUUAUCUCUUCUAUACACCAACCAAGUAGUGAGGUUUUUGCACUCUUUGAUCAUCUCUUUCUUCUCUCUGGUGGUCAAACAAUAUACUUUGGACCUGCACAAAAGGCUACUCAGUUCUUUGCGAAAGCUGGAUUCCCGUGUCCAAGUAGAAGAAAUCCUUCUGAUCAUUUCCUUCACUGUAUCAACUCAGACUUCGACGCUGUCACAACCAUAAUCACGGCCUCCCAAACAAGACAUGAAGGAGUACCAUUAUCAACUACAGAAACCAAAGCAAUACUUGUAGAAAAAUACCGAUGGUCAGAGCACGCAACCAUUGCAAGAGCAAGAAUCAAGGAAAUCUCAAACAUUGGAGGGAUUGAUUUUGAAUGUAAAAGCAAAUGCAAAGCAAAAUGGUGGAAGCAGCUGCUAGUGCUGACUCAGAGAUCUUUCGUGAACAUGUCCAGAGAUGUGGGAUACUACUGGAUUAGGAUAACAAUCUAUAUUGCCUUAUCUUUGUGUGUUGGAACAAUCUUCUAUGAAGUUGGAUCGAGUUACGGAGCCAUUUUUGCAAGAGGAGCAUGUGGUGCUUUUAUCUCAGGUUUCAUGACAUUCAUGUCUAUAGGGGGCUUCCCUUCUUUUAUAGAAGAAAUGAAGGUCUUCAAUAAAGAAAGAAUGAAUGGAUAUUAUGGAGUUGGAGUCUACAUUCUCUCAAAUUUUCUCUCUUCCUUACCCUUUGUGACAGUGAUGUCCACUGCCACAGGGACAAUAACCUAUUACAUGGUUAAGUUUCGUUCAGAAUUUUCACAUUUUGUGUAUAUCUGUCUGGAUCUCAUUGGGUGCAUUGCGGUUGUGGAAAGCUCCAUGAUGAUUAUAGCUUCACUGGUUCCCAACUUCCUCAUGGGAUUGAUAAUUGGAGCAGGAUAUAUUGGUGUUAUGAUGAUGACUGCUGGCUAUUUCCGUCGGAUCCCUGAUCUUCCCAAGUUUUUCUGGCGUUAUCCAAUAUCAUACAUCAAUUAUGGUGCAUGGGGAUUGCAGGGAGCUUACAAGAAUGACAUGAUUGGGAUGGAAUUUGAACCCUUAGAACCUGGAGCUCCAAAACUGAAAGGAGAAUUCAUCCUGAAAAGUGUGCUUGGAAUUGAAAUUGAUAAUUCAAAGUGGUGGGACUUAGGUGCAGUGAUGAUGAUUCUGAUAAUGCUAAAGGUUCUUUUCUUUUUCAUUCUGAAAUUUAAGGAGACAGUUGGACCUUUGUUUUAUAGCAUCUACGCCAGGCAAACUCUUCACCGUAUAAAGAAGAGAGCUUCAUUCAGAAAAGGACCAUCUUUCCCUUCCAAAAGACACCAAUCACUGCAUCCUUUGUCUGCUCAAGAGGGUCUCAACUCCCCUAUUCAUUAGAACCAUCAAAAUUAUUUGCUCAUACAAACACACAACAUUAUUCAUCACACAAUUCAUACCCCCAAUAUUAUAUAAAUAUGGUAUAAUUCUUAUGCUUUGUCUAGAUUACUACAUGAAUUAGAUGGAAUAUAUCAAUAAGGAAGCACCCCUGAUGCUAUGAUUUCAGGUAUGGUGAAACCAUUCAGUGUGUUUGGAGGAAUAUAUAAGAAAUUGGUUUACUAUAUAAAUUGAUUUUGAAGUGUUGCAAAUCAUGUUCAAAUGUUUUUAUUGUGAGAAAUGAUGUUCUUUGGAAGCCACUGGCAUGAAUUAUAGAAAUCACAAUG